ACUCAUCUACUCAUAAUGACUCUGAUGGGAAACAAAAGUGUAAACAGAGUACAAAAAUCCCUUAAUGGCAAUUACGUAUGUACGUGCGUUUCUUCAACGACGAACAGUAGCUGCAAUACAUUGGAUAAUUGUUUGUUAUUCUGUUGCUGCUCCACCUCAGACGCCGUCUUUUGUAGCAGCAUGGAAGCAUUGACAAGCAUUGAAGAGGACGCCGGUGUAUCCCAAAUAGCGCAGUUCUAUGCGGGCAAGACUAUACUCAUUACAGGUGCCACCGGCUUUAUGGGCAAGGUGCUGGUGGAGAAAUUGCUGCGCAGCUGUGCUGAACUGAAGGCAAUCUAUCUGUUAAUACGCACCAAGAAGGGCGUCGAGCCGAGCGUGAGAAAAGAGCAGUACUUCAAGUGUGUCAUUUUUAGCAAGCUGUUGGAGAAAAAUCCCGAGAUCAUAAAUAAAGUGAGCGUGGUUAAGGGUGACGUCUUGGAGCCGAACCUUGGCCUGAGCCAAAAUGACAUAAAUACGCUUGCCUCCAAUGUGGAAAUUGUGUUCCACUGUGCGGCAAAUGUGCGCUUCGAUCAACCGCUGCGUCCCAUGGUCAAUAUGAAUGUGGUGGGCACGCUCAAGCUGCUGCAACUCGCAGAGAAGAUGAGUCAGCUGGUGGCGCUUGUACAUGUCUCCACCUCAUAUUGCCAGUGCAACGAGAGCGUGCUGGAGGAGCGCGCCUAUGCCGCACCACAAAAUCCCUUUACCAUCAUUGAAAUGGUCGAGACAAUGGACGACGCUGCCCUGGCGGAAAUAACACCCAAGUUGCUCAACGGCUUGCCGAACACGUACGCUUACAGCAAGGCACUCUCGGAAGAUUUAAUUUGCAGAUACAACAAAAAGCUGCCUAUAAUUGUCACAAGGCCUUCCAUUGUUACGGCAGCUAUACACGAGCCCCUGCCCGGUUGGAUUGAGGGCGUUAAUGGACCCACUGGCCUGAUGAUUGGCGCAGCACGCGGCGUCAUUCGCUCGAUGCACUGCAAUCCAGACUAUGCAUCCACUGUGAUACCCGUCGACAAGGCCAUCAAUGGCAUGAUACUCUGUGGCUACCAACGCGCCAAGGUCGCCACUACAUCGCAGAGUGAGGUGGAGUUUUGUAAUCUGUGCAUUUCCAGCAAGGCACUCAUGUCCUGGGGCGAGAGCAUUGAGACGGGUCGCAAGUUUUUCUAUGUUACACCCCUAAGCUUUGCACUCUGGUAUCCCGGUGGCUCUAUUAAACGAAAUUAUUUCCAUCACAUGCUCUGUGUCAUCUUUCUUCACUACUUGCCUGCUUACUUUAUUGACUUCUGGCUGUUUCUCUUUGGGCAAAAGCCUUUUUUGGUUAAUGUACAACGCAAAAUAUCCACUGGCCUAAAACUUCUUCAGUACUACACCACAAGAGACUGGGAUUUUAGGAAUGAAAGGUUCCAGCAGAUGAGCAGUCAGCUGAAUAUCACGGAUCAGGAAAUAUUCGACACUUCUGUUAGUCAGGUAAACUGGGAAACCUACAUUAGCAACUAUAUACGUGGAAUGCGCACAUAUAUUCUCGGUGAGAGCGAUGCCACAAUUCCGUAUGCCAAGAAAGUUUUGCGACGCCUCUACAUACUGGACUGGGUGGCCAAGAUUCUGUUAUUCACUUUAACAUUUUGGUUCUUAUGGACACACUUAGAUGGAUUUGUAGAGAAAAGUGAUGCCUUUAUCAGGUCGUCAUUGCAAAUUAUCUAUAAUGAACGUAAUAGUACAUUGUUUACAUAAUUACUCAUUUUUUUAUAAAUAAACAUUUUUAAAUAUAAGCGCGCAAAA